UGAGAGAGCGUGGUUUGAGACAGAGCUCCGUCAAACUUUUUCUAAAUAUAUCGUUUAUUCCUGUUAUUUCUUAAUAUUUAUAUUGUAAAUUGAUAACUCACAGAGGGUUAAACCUAUCCUUAAGUGUAUCCCAUACCAAAUAUCGUCAUAUAACGCACAGAUAGAUUUGUUUUAUACGAUCAUUCGCUAUUAGCACUCAGGCUGUUAGCAUUCCCAGCCUUUAGUUUCUGAAUAUUGCCUUUACUGCUUAACUCACUGUUCUCAUUAUGACACCACUAAUGGCUAAUGAUUCAGAUAUGUGUUUAACGUUACCUUUGAGUGCAGAUGAUGAAUCUUUCUUCGCACUUCAGUCAGAACUGGAAGUAUUGGAGAAGCAGAUCCACGAUCUACUCGAGAGGCAAACACGUCUGCGAGAACGUAAAACGGCGAUGGAAACAUCCCGGGCUGACGCUCGCAAAGCUGCGAGCCCAGGCUUCAAGAUCACGACGAGCCGAAAUGAACUUCACUCCUGCACCUGCACACACACGGCGGAAGGCGAAAUCCAGGACCGGAGCGAUGACCUCUCCCCCACCGCCACGACCGCCACCAAGAAAAAGUCUGAAAGAAAAAAAACAGGUGGUGAUCCUGUACCCCCACCAUAUACCCCAGCAGAAGAGCUGGCCCUUGGGUUGAAUUCAAACCGACCCAUUGUGGAGGGCAUCCCUGGGGGCAGCUCUUCCUUAGACCCAAAGCCAGGGACCAGUAGCAGCCACACCUUCAUUACUGUUUUAGAUAAUACACCAACACUUUUACCUGUUCCCAAGCAAGUGGUGGCUCAAGCAUAUGCAGACAGUGAAGAAACCAUCUCAGAUUGUCUUUGGAGGAAGAACCUGUAA